GCCCACCGGCGCGCGCGCGCACACACACACACACACACACACACACACACACGGCGCCUACUGCACCAGCCUGCCAUCAUCAGCAUGUAGCAAAGGAUCUUCAUUACAUUAUCCACGCCGACAGCAAGUAACGCAUAGAAGAGAAGCCUGUUCUGAGCGGCGUGCACGCGUGGAUCCAGCAGCAUCUUGCAAAGAUGGUCUACCAGUUGCAAUAUCUCUGCCUGUGUUGUGCCAGGGCUGGAUUUCACAGAAGGACAGUAAUUAUGACUUAGAUUUUGCCUAGCAUUUUUGAUAUUGACUUGCAUGUAUAAACUACUCAUUAUUCUCAGAUUGGUCUUGCAGUUCUUCAGUUGGAUCAAAAACCCACGACUGAUAAAUGAAGACUGGCUUGUCUUGUACUACACUGAUCAGCAUUGCUUAAUCCAUGAUGGAGGAGAGCUGUGAUUGCUCUCCUGAAUCAUUGGCUAACGAUGAUCAUUAUGUGAUGGCGAAACAUGCAGUCGUCUACCCAUCAGCUGAAGAGCUGGAGGCUGUCCAGUCUCUGGUGUCAGCCGUGGAGGGAGGACUAAAAUAUGUCUCCGACUGGCUCAUCGAUUUCACCAAAACCAGCACUCCUAUCUCUACUGAACCUGUCGAACCUAACCCAAAGUUAGUUCCUCAAAAUUUCACAUCAAAUAAUAUAUAUUUAUUUAAGGCACCUUAUCUUUUAAUGUGCCCGUCAAUUUUAUUUAGGUGUGGAGGGCCACUGGUUGGAGUCAUGCGUGUCGGAUCUGUGGCUAAAGGCCUCCUCAUCAAGGGUCUGAUGAAACUAGAGCUGGUUUUGCUGUGCCGAGAAAAGCCUACUAAAAGUCUGCUUCUCACGAUCUGCACCAACCUGCCAGUGCAGAUGAAGAAACUGUCAGAGGAUAUGCACACAGUGCAGCCCUGCAUUCCAGAGGCAGCUAUUCUAGUGUUUAAAAGCAGCAGACCUGAUCUGCCUCUGAGGGUCAUCCUUACUUCAAUGCAGAUGAAAAACCAAGAGCUGGAAAAAAACCAAGUGGAAAACACAAAAGUGAAAGAUCCGUCUGAUCUGCUGGACCAGCAGAGAUGCCUGCUUGCUCUGGCCUCUCUGCGCCAUGCCAAAUGGUUCCAGGUCCGAGUGAGUGGGAUGAGAUCGUGUCUCAUAGUUCUGCGGAUCCUCAGGGAUAUAUGCAACACAAGGCCAGCCUGGGCACCUCUUAAAGGAUGGCCAGUCGAGCUGAUAUGUGAAAAAGUCUUUGCCACGAGUUACAGGCCCCUCGGACCAAGUGAGACUCUGAGACGGGUCCUGGAAUGUAUUUCCUCAGGCAUUUUCUUGCCAGGUGGACCUGGGCUACAUGAUCCAUGUGAAAAAGAAGAGGUAGACACUUUGGCAGCUAUGACGAAUGAUCAGGCCGAACUUCUUACCUACUCUGCACAGCAUGCGCUAAGGCUUCUAGCUUUUGGACAGAUUCACAGGUUUUUAGAGAUGGAUCUUCUUCCUACAGCUAAACUUGCAGUGGAACCCAAAUUACAAGAUGGAGAAGGGACAUCUCAGAAAAGAAUAAAUGGAGAUCAAACUCCUGAUGAACCUAAAAGCAAAAAGAUCUUCUCAGGUAAUGCUGCAGGCUUAUUAUCAACUGAUGGCACAACAGAUUGUAAGAGAAAAGUGGAACCUCUGUCUAAAAGCUUUGGCAAUAAAUCCAAACAAGGUUCUUCAUCAACUAAGGUUAAGCUUCAGGGCCCUGUUCUAACAGCCAGAGGUAAAAAUCCAGUAAUGGAGCUAAAUGAAAAAAGGAGAGGUUUAUCCUACAAUCUUAUCACUGAAAAUGGAGAGAAUCAACAACAACGCUUCAUCAUUGAGGUGGAAGUGGAUGGACUGAGAUUCAGAGGAUGUGGGCCUAAUAAAAGGGUCGCAAAAGCAAACGCAGCGUUGGCAGCAAUAGAAAGGCUCUUUUCAGCACACAGUGCAAACAGCAAUAAGAGGAAGAGGCCAUAUACAAAAGCGAGUUCAUCUGCUGUAAAUGGGCUUUCCAGAGCAAAGAGGACUGUAACAGUGCCCAGGCCACUACUUCCUAUUUUUCCUCCAGCUCCUGCAUACUUUACACCAGGCUUUACUCCGUACGGUUAUGGUCCAGUGGUACCUCCACCACACGGUGCUUUGUAUUUUGACGGUCCUGUUUGCCCUCCGCAGACCAUCACUCCUGUAUUUCUUCACCUGGGAGCACAGGAUUUCUGUCCUGAUUUUUACAUUUAAUGUUCUUUCCAAACUGGUCUGAAGCUGUGUGUGGCCUGACCGGACUCACUAUAAUUUAUACGUAACACAGGGUCAUUUUCUGGUACUGAGGAAGGUUUCCUUGUUUCAGCAUGGAUCAGUAAUCUCCUCUGUUUAAACUCAAGGAAAUUUGGGACAUAAAUGCAACGCGUGUUUUGCAUUUAUGCUUAAUUUAUAUUGACUUUGUAAAUAAUUUUUUUUUCAGAGUAGGCAAUAUUUUAUCAGGGCUAUUAGCAAUAAUGAAUUAGAUGCACUGCUGAUAGGUAAUACACAAUAUUCCAUAAAUGCUCCGAGAUUGACAGUAAAUUUGUAUUUUAAAUAAAUAAUAUUGUAUUUAUACUAGACAAGAAAUGUUAUCAAAUGGAGUCCAGUUCUUUGUCCAUUAUGUGGCACAUACUUAACCCAACACCUUGUUAUAUGCUAAAUAUAUGCACGUAAAUGCAAAUAGUCAACUAUACACAAAGUGUUUUAUAAUAAAGGCUAUACACAUAUUUCUAUGAUGAUUGAAUUGUGGUUAAAAUGUGUUCUGUGGGUUUGUGUUUUCUGUGACCACUGUAUUCACAUAACAGCUGUACAACAUCAUUAAAUUUUUAUUAUCACUAA